AUGGAUGCACCAUCUGAUCAUUCUUUGUCUAGUAUCAAGAGCAGCCAGACUCUUUCGAUUCCCAUUGAGUUGGUAAUGGAUAUUCUAAAGAGGUUAUCAGUUAGAGAUGUUCUUCGGUCCAGACCCGUCUGCAAAGAAUGGAAUUCUCUAUUAAGAACUCCUAAAUUUAUUUCUCUUCAUUAUAACCGUUCCUUGCAGAUGAGACAUGAAAACGCCGCGUCCUUUGUUUACCUUCGAACAAUUCCAUCUAGACCUCCCUUUCAAAGUAGAACUCGUACGUUUGAUGCUAGGCCUAGGCGGGUGAGCAUCACAUUGACCUUUUUUACCUUGGAGAGAACAACCACCAAAUUAGUAGCAAAAGUGGUCAAAGAAGAAGAUAUUAUGGCCAUGUUAUCAUCAUUAUUGUUUCCAUCCUGCUCCUGCCCAACACCAUCAGAUUUGUAUUACAGAAUGGUUUGUCCUUUUGAUGGGAUGGUAUGUUUUCUAUGUGCAAAGCAUAUCAUUAUGUACAACCCAGCCACCAGAGAAUCUCAAGUGUUACUCUCUCAUCCUGAUUUUUAUAUGAAUCGUAUUAUGGGUGUUUGGUUCGAAUCCACCAUGAAACAACAAUACAAAGUCUUUGGCCUAAUUUCUGGUGACCACUGGUACAAGAUCAUUAUAUAUGAUUCUACUCUAAAUAGUUGGAGAGUAACUAGAAUCAUGUUUGGAAUAGUAAAUUCUGAACAUGGUUUGUUAUUGAAUGAAGUUUUACACUUUCAAAUAACUGAUUAUGAUGAUUAUGAUGAUACUAGUGAAACUAUGAUUGUCACAUUUGAUGCAAGAUUAGAAACGUUUGGUCAUUUUGAGUUCCCAUCAUCUGAUAACAUAUGCAAUAUCACAUUGUUAACCUUUCAUGGGAAUCUUGCCUUCAUGGAAUCGAAUAUUGAAAUGGAUAUUUGGAUAGAUAGUUACUAUGAUGAUUUAUGGGUGAUGACUGAAUAUGGGGUACAACAUUCUUGGACAAAGAAAACUCUUGGUCCUUUUGAUUUUUCUGGUUAUUAUAAGAAUAGUGUUUAUGGUACGCCAUUAGCCUUUUGGAAAAACAAAGAUGAACAGGACGAGUUGUUGAUUCUAGCACACAAGCACACACUGUCUUUCAACCUCGAUACAAUGGAGAGGACUGAUUUGAGUUUGUCACUCGUUGCUUAUGGUAAUUCAACUAUUAUACCGUAUAAUGUGGAGACUUUACUUUCUUUAAAAUGA